ACAUUUGGACGGGGUACGAUUCGUAGAUUUCACAAGAAUGCGUGCGGGAUGAAACGACUCGCUGCGCGUGAUUUUGAAGAUUUGGUCCAGUGCGCCAUCCCAGUAUUUGAGUCGGUGUUUCCAGACAAAUCACACCGGAGAGUCAUUUCUGAUCUACUCUUUGAGCUCGCUACCUGGCAUGCUCUUGCCAAACUUCGUCUCCACACAGAUGAUACCCUCAAGGUGUUUGAUGUGUCAACUGCUGAAUUGGGCAGAUUAAUGCGCCAGUUUCAGCAUGAGGUUUGUCCCGAUUAUGACACCUGUGAAUUGCCUCCAGAAACUGCAGCUCGUGGUCGGAGAGAAACACGCCAGGGAGUACAUCAGGUAUCUGGCAAAAAGCGCAAGGUCUUGAACCUCAAGACGUACAAAUACCAUGCACUUGGUGAUUAUCCAGCAAUGGUCCGCCUUCUUGGAUCGGUUGACAACUACACAUCGCAGUUGGUGAGCUCAUAUCCCUAUUUUCAGUAUGUAUCAUGUACUGACCUUGGCUGUUCAGGGCGAGCAAGAGCAUCGCACAUCCAAAAGUCGUUAUCCUCACACCCCCAAAAAGCAUGA